AUGCAAGCAGCACCAGAAAUGGCUGAUAAAAGACAGCGUUUAGAGAUCAUAUGGUCUGUCAAAACCUUAGACCAGCUCCAAGAAGCAUUAACAAAUAUAAACUAUAAACUGUCAUGCUCUGCAGCAUAUCUUAGGCUAAUUCCAAGACAGAAUAAUAGUGAAGAAGGAAAGCGACAUGUUAAAAUGGUGCCAGUGAAGCUUCUAAGGUCACAAAAUUCAGCAAGAAGAGCCCAUGAAGAUACUCAUUUCUGUGCUGCUUUAAUAAAAAAUGUGAAAGAAAUGGUAUCAGUAUUGGGUCUCAAGACCGUGGCCAACAAACGAGUAGAACUGCCAGAUCAUGAUUGGGUUGUUGCUAAAAGGCAUAAACUAAUUUCUUCGGUCUAUGCAAUAUUGGAUAUACAAGAGGGUAAGUAUGGGCAAGCUGAAGCAGUCACAUAUUCAGGUCCAACAUUUAUAAGGAUCCGUAGUGGUAAACAUGAUAGCAAUACUGCUUAUUCCCACAAUAAAGAUUUUGAUAACUUGAUGAAUGAGGAGAAAUUGCAUAACUAUACUACAACAAUGGAUGAACAACCUGCAUGCUUUGCACCAUACCAGAGUUCAUCUAAUCUGGUUGAAAUGCGAAUAGCACCUUUAAGUCAUAACUUAGCUAGUGUUAUACUUCUAUAUGAUAUUUUUGGAUCACAUUUAGAUGCACAGCUAAGAACAAAUAAUAAGAAGUUAGAAAAGCGUAAUUUUAAAGCUGCUGCAGAUAUUUUAACAUCAAUAUAG